AUGAGCAAUAGCGAGUGGAACGAUGCUGAGGCGAACGUCCUCCCCGAGAAGAUCGAGGAGAUGGAGCAAAAUGGAGAGCUGCCCAAGGACACUAAGAGGAAGCGAAUUGUCGUGGUAGGAUUGGGUAUGGUCGGUGUUGCAUUCAUAGAGAAACUCAUGAAGUACGACGUUAAGCGACGAGAAUACGACAUCAUUGUUAUUGGAGAAGAAGCACAUCUUGCAUACAACAGAGUUGGCCUGACCAGCUUCUUCCAACAUCGACAGGUCGAGAACCUCUAUCUGAACCCCAAAGAGUGGUAUUCGUCAAUGCCUGAGGGCUCUUUGAACUACCACAUCAACAGCAAAGUCACGUCUAUCGACCCACAAGAGAAGACGGUCGAGACAUCACAAGGCACCACGGUACCAUACGACAUACUGAUUCUUGCGACCGGUUCUGAUGCUGUAUUACCACGCCACACCCCUGGACACGAUGCGAAAGGCGUCUUCGUCUACCGUACAAUUGAAGAUCUGGAGAAGCUCAUUGCUUACUCCGCCACAAAGACCGGGUCCGUUGGCGCUGUAGUCGGCGGUGGUCUACUGGGACUCGAAGCCGCCAAAGCUAUGAUGGACCUCGAAGAGUUCAGCAAGGUCAAGCUCAUUGAAAGAAACCGCUGGGUGCUGAGCAGACAACUUGACGGUGAUGCUGGUGGUAUGGUCGUCGAACAAGUCCGAGACCUGGGCCUGGACGUGCUGCUCAGCAAACGUGUCGGCAAGAUCAAUGUGGACGAUGACAACAGCGUCACCGGUGUCACCUUCGAAGAUGGCGAACAAAUGGACUGCACGUGUAUCUGUUUCGCCAUUGGCAUCAAGGCCCGUGACGAGCUGGCUCGCGCAGCCGGCAUCAAGUGCGCAGACAGAGGAGGCGGUAUCGUCAUCAACAACGACCUUUCCACUUCAAUGCCGGACGUCUACGCUAUCGGAGAAUGUGCCAGUUGGGAAAGCCAGACCUUCGGUCUCAUCGCACCUGGUGUUGAGAUGGCUGACGUUCUUGCUUUCAACCUCACACAGGCAAAAGCUCACACCCCCCGACAGUUCAAGCGUCCGGAUCUGAGCACAAAGCUGAAGUUGCUUGGAGUCGAGGUUGCCAGUUUUGGCGACUUCUUCGCCGACCGAGACGGUCCCCAAAUCCUUCCAACCAGACGUGGUUCCGCAAAGAAGGAAGGUGCUACGGGCCAAAAAGACCAAGUCAAGAAGCUCACAGAUGGACCCGCACCGCCGCCAGUCAAAGCCCUCACCUACAAAGACCCCUUCAACCAAGUCUACAAAAAGUAUCUCUUCACGACUGACGGAAAAUAUCUGCUGGGCGGCAUGAUGAUCGGAGACACAAAAGACUACGUCAAGUUGGUGCCUAUGGUCAAGAACCAAAAGGCCCUCGAAGUUUCUCCUAGCGAGUUCAUCAUCGGUGCUAGUAAGGGCGAUGACGACGCCGACGAGCUUGCCGAUGAUACUCAGAUCUGCUCAUGUCACAAUGUGCUGAAGGGAGAUGUCGUCAAAGCGGUCAAAGAUGGGACUUGCAAGAGCAUCGGCGAUGUCAAGACAUGCACCAAGGCUGGUGCCGGCUGUGGUGGAUGCAUGCCUUUGGUCCAGACCAUCUUCAACAAGGCCAUGACCUCCAUGGGUAAUGAAGUCAAGAACCACCUCUGUCCCCACUUCGACUACUCGCGUGCUGAUCUCUUCAACAUCAUCUACGUCAAACAACUCAAGACGUUCCAAGAGAUCAUGAAGCAUUGUGGCAAGGAUCCUGAAUCACUGGGAUGCGAAGCUUGUAAGCCGACCAUCGGAUCUAUCACUUCUUCCCUCUUCAACAGACACAUCCUUGAGAAGGAUGUUCGUGGUCUCCAGGACACCAACGAUCGCUUCUUGGCCAACAUCCAGCGCAACGGCACAUUCUCUGUUGUCCCUCGUGUUUCUGGAGGUGAGAUUACGGCCGAUAAGCUCAUCAUAAUCGGUACCGUUGCCAAAAAGUUCAACUUGUACUGCAAGAUCACUGGUGGUCAGCGCAUCGACAUGUUCGGUGCUCGCAAGCAGGAUCUCCCGUUGAUCUGGCGAGAGCUGGUCGAUGGUGGUAUGGAGUCUGGACACGCGUACGCCAAAUCGCUACGUACUGUCAAGUCUUGUGUCGGAACUACCUGGUGCCGCUUUGGUGUCGGUGACUCCGUUGGUAUGGCCGUUCGUCUCGAAGAGCGAUACAAGUCGAUCCGUGGACCCCACAAGUUCAAGGGUGGUGUCAGUGGUUGUGUACGUGAAUGUGCGGAGGCACAGAACAAGGACUUUGGUCUGAUCGCUACCGAGAAAGGCUUCAACAUCUUUGUUGGUGGCAACGGUGGUGCAAAGCCUAGACACAGCGAGCUUCUGGCGAAGGACGUACCUCCGGAUGAUGUCAUCCCUAUCCUCGACCGCUACCUUUCGUUCUAUAUUCGAACCGCUGAUAAGCUGCAAAGAACUGCCCGAUGGAUCGAGAACCUUCCCGGAGGUAUCAAGUACCUUCAAGAAGUCAUUCUUGAGGAUAAGCUUGGUAUCGCCGCAGACCUCGAACAGCAAAUGCAACAGCUUGUUGGUUCGUUCUUCUGCGAAUGGACCGAGGUGCUCAACUCUCCCGAGCGCAUGAAGCAGUUCAACCAAUUUGCCAACACCGACGAAGGAGUGCAAGCAGUUGAGGAAGUCAAGGAGCGUGACCAACACCGCCCAACAUACUGGCCAAAGGACUCCGUAACUACGGACUUCCGUGGUACGAAGUGGACAGACUUGGCAUGGCAGCCCCUGGCACGUUCUGAUCAGUUCGAAGACACCGCAACUGGUAGCUCGUUGGCUGUCAAGCGUGGCGACACACAAUUGGCCAUCUUCAAGGUCAAGGGCCAGUACUACGCCACACAGCAAAUGUGUCCUCACAAGCGCGCCUUCGUGCUUAGUGAUGGUCUCAUCGGUGACGAUGUGCAGUCAAACAAACUCUGGGUCAGCUGCCCGUACCAUAAGCGCAAUUAUGAGCUCAAGGGCGACAAUGCGGGCAAAUGUGGCAAUGACGAGAGUGUCAACAUUGCCACUUUCCCUGUCGAAGCUCGUGAAGACGGAAAUGUCUACGUCAAGUUACCACCUGUUGAGGAGCUCGACUCGGUGCUUGGAACCAGCAACUUCGUUACCAAGAAAGACAACGAGGAGAAGCCCUUCGAGGCACUUGACAAGAGAAUCCUCAAGGGCCAGAAGGGCAAAUUCGUCAGCCACUUGGAGAAUGGUAUGGGUAUGAAGGCAAAGGCAAACGCUAUACUUGCUGGUGGUGAGAGAAGCGGCGGUAUGGACUGGUAG